AUGUACAUAUUGGUCUCACUUUGUUUCGUCUCUCGCUCUCGCUCUACUUUCCCCGAAAAGGACUAUGUUCCCUCGAAACACUUGCACUAUGGAACCCCCAAUUAUCCUCCACUCUCCUCGAGCCCAUACCCAACAAACUCCCAUGGAUGGCUUUGUGAGCCUGAUGGUUGCCAACUUGAUGAGUUGGACUGGGUCUGUGGUUGGUCUUGGGGCUUCGCUGGUAUGGCCGAAUCUAUCUUCAUGGAGGAUUGUGUGCCAGUCUGGUCACAGGUCGGUGCCGUCUUGAUCGUUGAUAGAGAAGAGGUGACGUCAGGGUUAGGCGAGUUGUCCAUGGCGUAG